GCUGCAGCCCAAAAAAAAAAAAAGAAACCCAGCCACCGACAGCCCUACUCUUGAGAAAGUCGGCAAAGCUUGAUGGAUUUACCUUCUUUUCUUGUUGAAAGCCGAACUUAGGAACCCAGAAACCUUCCCCCCUCUGCAGAAUUUCCAGAUCUGCUCGGUUUCCCCCCUCUUCUGUCCGUGAGCUGCAGCUUGUGGGUGUGAUUUCUGGGCAUUUUUGGAUUUUGGUAGCCCCGUGAGUCCCCUGCAAUUGCCGCCAGCUUCUCCCCCUGCCAGGCCCGAUUCUGCAGCUGGAAAAUUGUGGAAACGAAACCGAGGAUGAGGAAACCACGGGAAGUGAUGAGAUAGAAGGUUAGCCAUUUCGAGAUUGAUAUAGAUUUUAGAUAUAGAUCAUGAUCUUGUAAAUUGGAUUUUAAUUGGAGAUUUUAUAAAUUCAUUGAAUGGAUUGUUAGUUACAAGAGAUUUGAGCUUGAGAAUUUGAGCUUAAGUCAUGUUAGACAUAGAAUUAUUUUGAAAUAUAUGAUUUAAGUUAUUGGAUUGUCAGAUGUGAAUUGAAUAAAUUCCGAGCCUUGUGCAUUUGUGGGAUCCUCUCACGAGUGCACGGCGUCUGUCGCGCCUUGGAUUUGGCCGAAGAAGACCCAGGCCCCCGACAGCCUCUUCUUGAAAAACCAGUGAGAAGCUUGUGGAUUUUUCUCCUCUUUUCUUGUUCUAGAACCCAAAAAUUUCCCCCACCCCUCUGCAGAAUCCGGAUCUGUUCUGCUCUGUGUCUUCCUCCCUUGCUGUCCGCGAAUUUCUGUUGGUGUGGGUGGCGAAUUUUUCGGUUUUUGGAUUUUGGGUAGCCCCGUGAAUUGCCCCCUGCAUUGCCACCGGCCUCUUUCCCCCCUGCCAUGUCCGGUUUGCUUGCUGGAAUUCUGGUUCUUGAUCGUUCUGUCAGUUUAGCACCGAGAUCGAGUCUUCGGUUUUAUGUGAGUGAGGAAACGAAACCGAGGAUGGGGAAACCACGGGAAGUGACGAGUUAGAAGGCUAGCCAUUUUGUAAAUUGAAUAUAGAUUCUAAAAAUAAAUUAUGAUCUUGUAAUCUAGAGUGUAUUUGGAGAUGUUAUGAGGCGUCUGGAGCCAUGCCACCGAGAAAGAGCAAAGAUAAAGAGGUUCAGCCAGCCCAGGCUGAACAUGCAGAUGACAGUCCAGUUUACUCGGAGGGUGAGAAUAAUCUAGUUGUUUCUCCUUUCUUAUCACCCUUCGUGGAGCGAUCCUAUGGGAAUCCAAUUUUCAAAGAAAGGGAUGCAGACCGCAGAGAUGACUUCGCUGAAUCAAAUAAUGUGUUUAAAGGUAUGACUAAACGUCUGUAUUUAGCAUUCAAAGAAAAGAACCAGGCUAUGCGGAGGUUUGUUGAGAGUCAAGCAGAAUUUUCCAGGCGCCAGGAAGAGACAAUUAGACAAUGUAUAGAAGAAAUGAGACGGGUCUUUGAAAAAGGCACUAGGGUGAUGCGAGAAACUGGGGAAGAAAGUCGCAGACCACUGCAGGCUGUUUCAGAACAAGUGGUUGAGCAAGUGCGACAGCCCAGACCUGAGAUCCCUCCUCCAGUCCCAGAGAUGCCCAGACAGAUUCAGGAAGCCCCAAUCCCAGCACUCGGGGGGCAAGGGAAUCAGCCUCAUCCCAAUAUUCAACAGCAGCAUUUUGUCAUUGGUGAAGGGCAAAGGCAACACCAAUUGAUGGAGGCUGCUACUCCUAUUGCAGACCAUGGCCAUCAACCUCAACAUAAGUAUAUUCUGCCAGCUAGGAAGGGAAAUGUGGGUCCUCAUCAUCAACCUUGUCCAAGGGACUUUUUCCAGCCACAAGUUCCUCCAGCCCAGCCGGUACAACGUGGUCUGCAGAAUCAACCAGCUCAAUUCUUCAAUAGAGACCAUGGGCCAGCCUUGAGGUCAUUGGAAAAGAUUGAUAAGGGUAUCUUGAAAUUUCUAGACAAAGCGAAGGAAACCAUGGGAGUAGAUGCAGAUCCUUUUCUAGCUAUGUCUGUCGGUGUAAAUGUUGCAGACCUCAGGAGUGUUGCCAGAAAUCGCAGUCUGCCUUAUGCUCAAAGGAACCUUGCUGCAGAAGACUUAAGGUGGGUUCUUGAGGCGCAGAGAUCCAGACAGAGCAGGAGCGUCAGGUCAGACCAGCAGAGGCUUGGGGGGCAAGAAAGGAUCACUGUGACCAGGAACUUCAGUCCAGAAGGUGCCAGACGUUAUUCAACUGGUACUAGAUCUCCAAGGAUGGUCAAACCGCCACUCAGGUCACCUUCCAAACGAUGGGAGAAAGUCAAUCAUCCCAAGUUUCCAGCCGAGAAUCCCAGAACCUUGAGGCGCAGACUGCAGCACAAGAGGGCUGAAGAGCGAAAAAGACACCAGAAGCAGGUGAAGGCUGAGGGAAGUUCAUCUCGCAGACCACGCCAACCUACCAAAAGGAAUAUGGUAUGGGUGAGAAAAGAGAAAAAGGAGGCUGUAACCCAGACUCUACAGAAGGAGGAUGACCAAUCUUCAGCUUCUCCAAAGGUGGCGUCUGUCAUUGUGAGUCCAGACGGAGUUUUGAAAGCAACUUUUCAAGCACAAGAACGGUCUGGGAAUCCUGGAUCUGAAUCAAAAGAAGAUGGCACUAUUCAUUUUGGGGAAUUCUCAGUGAAUUUGUCAUGUCUGGUGCUGACAUUACCCUUGGUUUUCCAAGCCAAAAAGGAGGAGGAACCAAUCGUCUGCGAGUUCCCAGAACAGACAGAAGAAGAGCAGAACAAGGGAACCCAGGCUCCCGAUGCACCUCCCCUUGAGGAAACCGAAUUUUCGGAUCUGCCCUGCUCUGCUCUGUCCUACCGUCGGCUGCUUUUGCUUGUGGGUGUGAAUUUCUCUGAUUUUUCGAUUUCCUGAUUUUUCCCUUGCACUGCCGCCGGCUCUUCCCCAAAUUGCAGCUCCGGCCUUGCUUGCUGGAUUCUGGUAUGGACAGCUCCUCCAAGUCAAAUUGUCAAUUGAUUGCUGCUUGUGUUGUUGAAUUUAAAUCAUCUAGUGGUUGCCCCUGCAGUGUCCGAAUUUUGCUGGAAAAAUGGGGGGAAUUUCGGUAGUAUUAGAGCAUAAUUAAGCUUAAUUCAUGUAUAAAUUGCUUGAGUUGGCUGCUGUGAUUUUGGAGGAAAAUCCCGUGUGUUUUAGCCCCUGUUUUUGCCAAAGUGGUGCUCCUCCCUUUUGCCGUGAGAAUUGGAGAAUUUUGUAUGGGUGAUUUUGCAUAUAUAUAACCUGUUUGUAGUGUUCAAUUUUGGAGAAAAAAAAAAAUAAAUCUCGUGACUUCUUGUGUUGCCAAGCCAUGUCUUUUCCAUUUGUUUGUCCGGGAGUCCACUUGGGAAAAAAAUUGGAAUUGAAAGAAAAGCCUUGUUCCCCAUUGUUUUAUCCGUUCUUGAUCCUUGGGGCACUUUAGUAUGUGGCUUGAGUCUCCAGUAUUAUGUGAUUGAGGACCGGUUCAUUCUGUAAUCCUGCCAAUGGGAUAAAACAUUGGUUAUUACUGUGCCCGCCAGUGGGAGGUUUAUAACACUGGCCAUGACCUAUAGAGGAGACGUCUAUUUCAUUCCUGUACUGUAUCCGUUUUUCAUAAUUACACUUGUUGGCAUGCUAUAAGUUUAAUUAAGGGUUAUCCAUAUUUACUUAUUGAGUUAUCUCAUAGUUUUUCCUUGUUCACCAUUUCAGGAAGCGAAGUCAAGGACAGGAAAAAACGAGGGGAGUGACGAGUUAAGAGGCUAGCCAUCUUGUAAAUUGAGUAUAGAUUUUAGAUAUAAAUCAUGAUCUUGUAAGCUAGACUUUAAUUGGAGAUUUUAUAAAUUCAUUGAAUGUAU